GUGACACGCCUACUCCUUCUGAUCACAAUACACAUGCACCACCACAGGUUAUAGGAAAAAGAUGAACCUCAUAGCACAGACCAGACAAUUGCCCCUACAGUUAUUGUCGGGCAAAUGAGGGUCUCCAGUCUCCAUGUUGCGCAUAAUUGUUUGUUACCGGGAGUCAAACUCGUGCAUUACAUCUUUAUGCCUAUCUUUGCCAGCUAAUAUUAAUGCCCUUCACAUUGACUUCUACUCCCAUAGUCCCAUUAUGGGUUUGAAACUGUUUACUUGGAAUACGCAGUGUUUAGCUAUUAUUCCAUUGCUGUGUUUUCUUAACCUGGGGGGAGGAGUAGGCUCUGUGUUUUCUGCAGCCAUGAAAGGAGCUAGUGUUUAUGAGGUUGAUUAUUGCAGGUUUACGAUCUUAAAAAGGGAAAUUGGCUUUGGCCAAGAGCAUCCAUUCACAGCUGGAGAGCUUACAAAUCAUAGUGAUUCCGGCAUUAAGUUUUUGGCUACACGUGCAGGAUGAUCAUCCCUACACUCAAAUCAUUGUUUCAAAACAUUUUUGUUUCACAAAAUUCCCCCAAAAAAUUAGUCCCAAGUAGACUUCUCCCCCCUUUUCAGAAAAAAGAUGCACAUUACAUAUAAGCUAUAAUUGUGAAAUCUAAAAUUUGCACAUUACACGAGAGGAAAAAAACUAAAAUUGGGGCUACUUGCGAUUCAACAGGGGAAGUGCGAUUCAACCAAACGAAUGUAAUUCAGGGAAACAGAGUAAAUUAGGGCUAACAUG